AUGACUAAAGAGGCUGAAAUGGUUUAUGCCAAUGAUGGCACAGUUGAACGAAGAUCCAUGUCAGAUUACAAGCUACAAGACGCCAACUAUCAAAUUACGGAACGAUCUUAUUCGCAACAAUAUGCUGGCUUGUAUUUCAGUCGAUUGAGCAGGCUAAGGCAACGAGUCAAAGAAGCUGCGCAACAGAAAUGGAGUCAAGAGGCACCGAAUGCUAUAUACGUGGAUAAAGUACUGGACGUUGAACCAAACAAACCCAACUGGGUUAUGGGUACCUUAUAUAAGGAUAUGCCUCUGAAACCAAACAUAUUGGAUGAAGUAGCUGCCGAUCACUGGGUCGCAGUACCUCCUCCAAGAGAAAAGUACACUUCUGCAAAGGACAGGCUUGUCAUUGAAGAUCAUUCUGGACGUUUGAAACUCAAAUUGUCUGAAGAGAUCAUGUCAGCUCAGAUAUGGAUUACUGGUGUCAUUGCAGCUGUAAUGGGAAGCAUUACCGCAGACGGAGAGUUUGAAGUAGUAGAUGUGUGCUUUGCUGGUGCACCUCUUCCACCUGCUAUUCCCUCAAGACCUCCAAACAGCCGCCGAAACUUGAUGGCAUUGGUGAGCGGAAUAUCACUGGGUGAUGCUAAGUCCAACCCUACAAGUCUGCGAAUGAUGAUGGAUUUCCUAACUGGAGAGUUAGGAGCACUUUCGGAUCAAAUGAAGAAUGCUGAUAUUACGCGUGUUGUAAUUGCUGGCAACUCUCUUGUUCGUCCCACGAAGGUUUCCGACGACGAUCAUAGAAGCCGCAGAAACGCAGAGAAUGCCCCAAACCCAUUCUUUGAUUCUAUAUUAAUGCUGGAUGACAUCCUUGCCGAAUUAUGUGAUACAGUAGCAGUGGAUUUGAUGCCUGGAAAAUCAGAUCCAACUACUGCAUCGCUACCGCAACAACCUAUACAUGCAACCAUGUUUAAAAAUGCAUCCAAGUGCUCUACUUUCAGUAGUGUGACCAACCCACACUCGUUUGUGACUAGUGGUGUUAGUGUGCUCGGAUCAUCAGGCGAGAACCUUGAAGACAUUUAUCGUUUCGUCGACUCUGAAGAUCGCAUUCGGAUGGUUGAAUCCUUCUUGACUUGGGGUCAUAUUGCUCCUACCUGUCCCGAUACUCUUUGGUGCUAUCCGUACAAGGACGAGGAUCCAUUUGUUCUAGAACAACGUCCUCAUGUAUUCUUUAUUGGCAACCAACCUAAAUAUGAAACCAAGCUGGUAGAAGGACCACCAGGACAAUCUACUUUAAUAGUUUUAUUGCCUUCAUUUUCUAAAACGGCAACCAUUGCACUAGUGGAUUUGGAUACGCUCGAGUGUAUUCCGGUGUCUUUUGGACUUUGA